CGAGCCGCGUCGCCCAGUCAGCUCUGCCUUACUCCGGCUCGGCCCCGCCCGCCCCUUCCAAUCGCGUCCCCGGCUGCGGCUGCGGCAGCCGCGCCUUCUCCGCCCCUUCCUCGACCACGCGGGACGCGCGCCGCGCUACAGUGUCCUUAGGCAGAGAUGAAUAAUACUGCUGCAAGCCCAGCGUCUGCUGCCACUUCAGGUAGUGGAAGAAGUACAGGGAAGGCUGUCAGCUUUGUGGCAGAGCUGCAGAGUAUGCUGUAUUCUUUAGGUGAUGCUAGGAGGCCUCUUCAUGAAACAGCAGUUUUGGUAGAAGAUGUAGUACAUACUCAAUUAAUUAAUCUGUUACAGCAAGCUGCUGAGGUUUCUCAGCUGAGGGGAGCAAGGGUAAUCUCUGCUGAAGAUCUUCUGUUUCUGAUGCGAAAAGAUAAGAAAAAGCUUAGAAGACUACUGAAAUAUAUGUUCAUGCGAGACUACAAAUCAAAGAUUAUCAAAGGCAUAGAUGAGGAUGAACUUCUAGAAGACAAGUUGAGUGGUGGUGGUACAAAUAAAAGACAAAAAAUUGAUCAGGACUUUCUCAGCUCUAUUGACCAAACAGGAGAACUUUUAGCAAUGCUUGAAGAUGACGAGAUUGAUGAAGUUAAACAAGAAAGAAUGGAGAGAGCAGAAAGACAGACCCGAAUAAUGGAUUCAGCUCAAUAUGCAGAAUUCUGUGAAAGUCGACAAUUAAGUUUCUCCAAAAAAGCUUCCAAAUUUCGAGACUGGUUGGACUACAGCAGCAUGGAGAUAAAACCUAACAUUGUUGCUAUGGAAAUUUUAGCAUAUUUAGCAUAUGAAACAGUGGCACAGUUAGUGGAUCUGGCUCUUCUUGUGAGGCAGGACAUGGUGACCAAGGCAGGUGACCCUUUCAGCCAUGCCAUUUCUGCAACCUUUAUCCAGUAUCACAGUUCUCCUGAGCAGGGAUCUUGCAUGAAGUCCUCCUGCCCAGACUCCCCUGAGAACACACCACCCCCAACACCCACAGCUCCCCCAUCCGGAUCACAGCACCCAGGGAAGACUACACCAGUGACCCUCGGGAAUGGGAGUGCUGGGCCAGACACUGCUAAAACCAAGCAAAGGAAAAGAAAAAAGAGCACCGCGGCCUGUGGUGCGGAGGCUCACAGUGAUGCCAUCCAGCCCUGCCACAUCAGAGAGGCCAUCCGACGCCAUGGCCACAAGAUUGGCCCCCUUUCUCCAUUCACAAGUGCCUACCGCAGGAAUGGGAUGGCUUUUCUAGCCUGCUGACGCAACUGUGCCUGCAACAAGAAAGGCAGUGUUACACUGCAGUGACUUCUUUUCCCUGCCUGUGCAAGACUAAAGUUCACCUUCACAGCCUCGCCAGUGCACUGGUUUGAUGUGACGACUGCUCUUUUCCAGCCCCUCAGCACCGUAGUCUCCUUUACUAGAUGGACUAUUUAGCUGAUUAAUGGCAGGAUGUUUGGGAGUGUGUGUAGGUGGACAAGCAUGCAGAUCUUAACUUGGCACGGAUUUGCUUCCCUGGCUUCCCUGGCUUACGUAUCUUAAUCACCCCCUCGGCAUUUUUAGUCUUGUGUUUUUUAUUUGAUACAUUUUAUACUCCAGGUUGGAGACAAAGGAGACAAGAUUAAAAGAACAGUCUUCUCCCACUGUACUAUCCACCAGCUUUACUUCCCAACACUUGUUGACUAGGUGUCCCUAAAAUAAAUGUAGUCAUGUUCACGUUAUAAUCAAAGGUCUAACUAACGUCAGAAGCCGCCAGGCCCCACCCCACUUCCCCGCCACCCACUUGCCUUUUCCCCCACUUCCUGUCCAUCAGGUGUUUCUGAAGUAAGACUCCUCCCUUCCAGCUCACAAUAGUGGCAGUCACAAUAAUAGAAAGCGGGGAGAGGGACCGGCCCCCUCCCUUCAGCAGCCCCUCCAGGAAGCACUGAGUGGGAGCAGUUGCCCCCUUCCCCACCCCAUCUCAGCUCUCCCAAGCAAAUGAGGUUUUCAGCUCCCAAGAACAACCCAAAAUGCAGCAGACGCAGUUCCACAGUUCCUAAUUAAACAUGAAUUGCAAAGAAGGAA